AUGUCCAUUUCGCUUGCCGAUCCAUUAAGUUAUUUGCCAUCGCCUAGCGAAACAACGAGCUCAAAAAUUCUUGUGAAUAGGAGCAAUGACGAAAUGUUAGAAAAAAUUGAUGAUCUGAAACGAAAAAAUGGUCGUCAACGUCGUGAUUACGAAGGAAAUUCACCAUAUGGUGAAAUAAUUGAAAAAGAUGGUGUUAGGGAACGAUUUAAUGGUAGUACAUUUCGACGCAUAUGUUCAAAAUCGAAUUGCUCGUUUAAUAUAGUCAAAUCUGGAUUAUGCAAGAAACAUUUAUUAGAAGAGCAAAAUCAAAAUCAUCCAGCAACAACAAUAGCAACAGCAUCCUCUUCCUCUUUGCCGGUUGCACAAUUGGCAAAAGCAACGAAAGGCGAAGUUCGGCUAAUGGAAAACGGAAUAAGAAUGAAAUAUGAUGGAAAAAAAUUUCGACGAAUCUGUGCUGAAAAUAACUGUUUAUCAUUUAUAACCAGUUUAUAUAACGGCAAUGAUUUAUGUCUAAAGCAUUUUAAUCAAAAAAAUCCAAAACAACCUGUUCAAUCAAAACCAACGUUAAAAAAACGGAGAAGACGCAGACGUGUACCCUUAACAAGACGAUUAAAAAGACAACCCGCUAAACCGAUGGAUACUAACAAUCCAAAUCUUAAACAGCCAAAGGCGGGAGAUAUCACUGAUAUGAAUGAUGGCACGCGGAGAAAAUACAGCGGGGGUGCGUGGCGACUCAUGUGUAUUCGCCAAAAUUGUCCUUCCUUUGCUGUUACUCGACGACAAUGUAGAAAACAUGCGAACCAAGAUGUAGGUGGAGGAGCCAACAAACUUAAUCACAUUGGUAAAACCCAGCAGUCAACGUCAACUUCAGCUAUAACAACAACAACAAAUACUCUGAAUAAUUCAAUUCUACAUCCAAAUAAAGGUGAUAUACAAACACUUCGACAAAUGUUUGACGGUCGUUCUUGGCAUUCACUUUGUCGAAAUAACACGUGUUUAAAACGGGCAACACAAAACAGUGGCUUUUUAUGCGCUGCACAUCUCAAAGAAGAACAACAAAAGACCAGUGGUAGUAGAACAACAGCGGAUGGAAGAAAAAGGAAAGCUGAUGGGAAUACAAAUGAAAAUGAUUUGACUAAUGUUGGAUAUAAUUUAAGAAAAGCUCAGAAACUCGGAUUCAAUAGUAGUGCUAGUGGUAGUCAUAAUGAAUUUGUUUUAUCAUUAAAUGCUUUGGACGAACAACAAUCGUCGGCUCGCACAAAUUCAUCAAUUGACAAAACAAAACUAGUCGAACAAUCUGUUCAAACUGAUAUGACAUAUCCGUGUGAAACUCAACAGCCACAAGCAGACCUUGUAUUGAUCGAUGAUGAAGAACCAUUACCGACGACAAUUCAAUUUCCACUUUAUUUGAAGAAAGAAGAAGGAAUUGAUGAUCAUUUGCUGUUACCAUCAACGACAACAACAACAAAUCCGUAUUAUCCUUAUCAGGAUAUUCAAGAAUUAAAACCAACUCCUGAUCUUAAAUCCGAAUAUUGA